AUGGCUCCCAAAUUUGAUGAUAAACUCAGGUUUGAGCAAGAUCCACGAUGGAGUGCCGUCGACGCCUUCGCUGCAACCCAUCUACUUUCGCCCUCGCGGAACAAAUACCAUGAGGCUCUUGAGUUUGCGUAUUCCAAUUCGCUUGCCAAAGGGCUCCCUGACAUCGCGUCGUACCCAGCUCAGGGCAAGCUCUUGUCCAUUCAAGUCCAGAUCACGCGAGCAAAGAACAUAUUGGAAGUCGGGACGCUAGGAGGCUACUCCGCCAUAUGGUUGGCAUCUGGAGCCGGCGAAGAUGUCCGAGUAACCACUGUGGAAGUUGAUCCGAAGCACAAACAAGUAGCCGAAGAAAACAUAGCCCAUGCUGGGCUCUCCAGCCAAAUCAGCGUGUUGCUGGGUUCUGGGCUGGAAGUCCUACCUGAACUGGUCAAAGAGGUCAAGGCUGGCAAGCGCGAACCAUUUGAUUUUGUCUUCAUCGAUGCAGACAAGGAGAACAACCUGGCGUAUUUUGAGCUGGCUCUGCAGAUAACAAAGCCGAAAACCUGCAUCUACGUCGACAAUGUUGUGCGUCAGGGCAAGCUUGCUGACGAGGCUGCCGCACAACAAGACCCCCGUGUUGCUGGCACACGGAAACUGGUAGAGGCAGUCGGAAGCAAUGAAAAGGUGGACGCUGUGGUCAUUCAGACUGUCUCGGAGAAGAACUACGACGGCUUCCUGCUGGCAGUCGUCAAAUAG